AUGACCUUCAUGUCCUUCAUGUACACAGCAUGGGUGCUAUGGCCUUCAGUAUGUCAAGUCACUUUGAGUUUUAACAUUGACCCUGUUGCUUGGAAGUACAUCAGCAAACCUGCUGCUGGAUUUGGAUACAAGGUGGUCCAGAUGAACUCAACAAGCUUGCUUGUUAGUGCACCUCUGGAGCAGUAUGAGCAUAAUAGGAGGGGAAAAGUUUACCAAUGUUUGGUUGAAGACACAUCAUGCAAGCCAUUGCCAAUACAGGAGGCCAGUUUUGGAGUCAAUAUGUCCAUGGGGUUGUCAAUGACACAGGAUCCAAAGACGUCAAAAACCCUGAUAUGUGGUCCAACAAUUCCAAGAGAAUGUAAAACCAUGACAACAUACAAUGGCAUGUGUCUGGAAAUGUACACAAAUUGUAAUGUUUUCAUUGGAUCCUCUGUGCAUUCAUCUCUAAAAGAAUGUCCUGGGCAAAUGGACAUAGCCUUUCUUUUGGAUGGUUCAGGCAGUAUUAUCACGGCAGAUUUUAAUCAAAUGAAAGCAUUUGUAAAAAAUCUGAUCCGUGAAUUUCUCAAAGGGGAUGUCCAGUUUGCAAUUGCCCAGUAUUCAAAUAAUUGCAAGAUUCAUUUUGACUUCAAUGAUUUUCCAUUUGGAUCGUGGGAAAAUAAAAUUAAUGGAAUUGGUCAAAUAAGUGGAGGGACAUUUACAGCAAGAGCCAUCAAAAAAGUUGUCAAAAAUGUAUUUUCAAUUAACGGUGGAUCUCGACCAAUGGCUAAAAAGGUCUUGAUAGUCAUUACAGAUGGAAACUCCCAUGACAGCAUUGGUCUGGAUAAAGCAGCCUAUGAAGCUGAAUCCAAAAUGAUUAUUCGAUUUGCCAUUGGGGUGGGGGCUGUCUUUUCAUCAAAACAUGGAAGAGGAGAGUUAGAAACAAUUGCCUCCUCUCCACCAAGUAAACACAUGUUUCAAGUGGGAAGCUUCCAAGCGCUUGAUCAAAUCAAGGACACAUUAAAGAGCAGCAUUUUUUCUUUGGAAGGAUCUCAGACUGGAGACUCCAUUAAGAUGGAAAUGGCCCAAGAAGGAUUUAGUGCAGCAUACAAGCCUGCGGGAGGAUUCCAUGUGGCAUCUGUUGGAGCCUUCCAAUGGAGGGGGGCUUACCAGGAAUACACAAGUGCCACUGAAACCCCCACUUUAAAACAGAGUCCAAACAUGGAACCAGAUAGCUAUAUGGGUUAUUCCAUGGCAGUUGCUCGUACAAGAACUCGCCAGUUUACCAUUUUAGGUGCUCCAAGGUAUAAACACACAGGUAGAGUGGAGGUGUUCUGCCCUGGAGUCAACUACAAGCCAGUAGAUUUUUCAGGACAGAUUGGUGCGUAUUUUGGGGCCGAAAUUUGUGCAGUGGAUAUAGAUAAUGACUCCUAUAUGGACUUCGUCCUGAUAUCUGCUCCAACAUUUACUGACAGACAAAGAGAGGGCAGGGUCUAUGUUUGCACUAUCAGUGACUGGUCUGGAGUGGUCUGUGGAUUUGCUGCUGAGAUGACACUGCAGGGGGAUGUAGGGAAGAUCGGCAGAUUUGGAACUUCUCUUGCCCAACUUCCUGAUUUGAAUGUAGAUGGUUUUAAUGAUCUAGCUGUUGGAGCACCUCUGGAGAACAAUGGCAAAGGAAGUGUCUACAUAUUCCAUGGGUCAAGAAUUGGAAUCAGUAACAUCUAUUCUCAGAAAAUUUCAGGCUUUGAUGUACAGUCUGGAUUAAAGUUUUUUGGACUAUCCAUCAGUCAGUCUUCUCUGGACAUGAGUUCAGAUUCUCUCCCAGAUUUGGCUGUGGGAUCUAAGGGAGCUGUCCUCUUACUCAGGUCAAAGCCUAUAGCAACAAUUAGGACACUAGUGUCCUUCCAUCCUCCCAAAAUAUCUACUGAUGCUUCAAGAAGCAAUAUUGCUCUGAAACACACUGCUACAGUCUGUUUCACCAUGACGAAAAACACAGCAGACAAUACCAAAGGUGAAGCAAAGAUUAAUUAUACUUUGACCCUGGAUGUGACCCGGCAAGCUCCAAACUAUCGUGCUUAUUAUAACAACCAAGAUAAAAUGAGGAAGAAAACCAAAACUGUCACAUUGUCACAGGGACAGCAGUGCUUUGAUCAUAUCUUCUUUAUUAUGGUAGGUAUGAAACUCCACACUGGCAGGGUAGUUUAUGCCAACAGGGAAGAACCAGAAGACGUCCUCAAUGAAUUGUCUAAUGAACUUGACUAUACAUUUGAAGGGUUGCCUUCGUCUGGAGGACUCAGUUUAAGCCUUUCCCCACAGACAUUGACUACAACAUAUCAUCCUUUAGGCUUUGUGACUAGAUGUGGAACUGAUAACAACUGUGUGGACAACCUCAAAGUGGAUUUUAAUUUCACUGGAUCCUCAGAGAUGAAAGUGGGCAUUGAUGAUGUAUUAAAUGUGACAGUAUCAGUUGAGAGCCGGGAAGAAAACUCUUACAAUAGUCGAGUCAUUCUCACUUACCCUGCAGGACUGUCAUUCAGGAGGCUCAUCACAAUCCAAGGAAAAGUGGAGUGUAACUCCAUAGACAGUGAGCAUGGUGUAACAUGGGGAAAGAGUGACUGCACCAUUAACAAGCCCAUCUUCAAGAGCAAUUCUAAGGUUUUCUUUGUAAUCUCCUAUGGAAUAGAUAGUAAAAGUCACUUUGAACAAAUAGUGACUUUCACUGCAAAUGCCUCAAGUGGAAAUAAUGAACAUGCCCCAGCUAGUGAACUUUACAAAGUGAAAAGGAUUGGUGUCAAAUACAGAAUUUAUGUUUUGAUUACAAGACACAAGGAUUCUACCAAGUACAUUAAUUUCACUGCCGGGAAAAAUGUUAUGCAGAAACACGUGAAUCAAUCAUUUGUGGUUGUGAAUUAUGUAAGAGACUUUAAUCUUACUGUGAAGAUCAAGGUACCAAUGAAACUUGGAGACAAAUAUAUCUGGGCUGAUCCAGAUGUUUUAAAGAUUCCAGGUUGUCGCAGAGAACAUGAUGAGAAACCUAUUGCAACAGAUUUUGUGGACAAACUGAAGAAAAAGGCUGCUGUGGACUGCUCUGUCGCAAUGUGUUGGGUUUUUGUGUGCAGUGUUGUCAUGAGAAAAGACGCUCACAAUACUUACAACAUUGCUGGCAAUGUCAGCUCUGGAUGGAUAGAGCAGAUUGGUCUUGAGUCUGCCCACUUAAGCUUGAUCAGCAGUGCCACUCUGGAGUAUGACAGAAACCAAUACAUCUAUUUUUCUUUGGACUCCCACCAAAACAUCCCACCUGUCCAAACGAUUGAAACUGAAGUGGAGGUGUACCCUGAGAUUGAUUUCACAAAGGAGAUAAUUGGUGGUGCUGUGGGAGGUCUGUUCCUGUUGGCUUUGAUCACACCUGGGCUGUAUAAGGCCGGGUUAUUCAAGAGCCAGUUCAAACAGAUAAUGCAGGAUGCACCUGGUGAUGAACCAGGGGGUGAUGUACAAGAAACAGUACCAGCGGAAUAACAACAAACAACAGUUGUUCUUUAAAAACCAAAAGCAAAGACUUCACGGAAACCACAAAUGGUGAGGCAGCGUUUAGUCAUUAUGCUGCACAGAGUUGGAACAAACUUUUAUUCAUCUUUUAAUUAUCUUUUAGCCAUCUUAAAUGUGCUGUUUUUAUUUGUAUGCUUUG